GCCGACUUUUUCUCGAGACCUGCUUACAACUCAUCAAAACGGCGACGCUGGGUAGUUCAAGCCGAAAUGCUGCUCUCACCUUCGCCGCCGCACACCGGCCGACAUAGGGGCUUGUGCUUGUGGAUGGUCGCCGUCGUCUGGCGGCGUCAGACUGGCGGGACGGUGGCGCCGGCGAUUUGGAGUUCAGGCCAACAGCAGCUUUAACGUAAACAUUGAGAGGUCAUGGACAUGGAUGUGCAAACCUGCGGGCACUUACUCCAGUCCUGCAUCACUCGUCUCUCCGUCCACGAAGGCAAGCAGCUCCAUCUCCUCUUCCUGAAAAAGGGUCUCUUGAACUGCGCCAUCACGCUCGGAAACCGUCUCCUUCAGCUCUACGCCAAGUGCGGCCAAAUGGAUAAUGCACGGCGACUGUUUGAUGAUAUGCCUCAGCGGAAUUGCUUCACUUGGAACACGAUGGUUGAAGGCUACAUGAGGACGGGAGAGGCGGCUAAGUCUCUGGAGUUGUUUAGUUACAUGCCCUACAGGAAUGAUUUCUCUUGGAAUGUGGUGAUUUCGGGUUUUGCCAAGAGGGGUGAUCUUCGGACUGUUUCUUGUUUGUUUAAUGCCAUGUCCAGGAAGAAUGCAGUUGCGUGGAAUUCCAUGAUUCAUGGUUAUGCCAAGAGUGGGCGUUCCAGGGAAGCCCUUAGGUUUUUUAAGGACAUGAAUUCAGAUCCUUUUGAGAGAAUGCAGGGUGAUACCUUUGUUUUGGCCACUGUCAUAGGUGCUUGUUCUGACCUAGAAGCUAUUGAUUGUGGCAAGCAGAUUCAUGCGCGCCUUCUUAUUGACAGAGUGGCAUUUGAUUCGGUGUUGGCUAGUUCGUUGGUCAACUUGUAUGGAAAAUGCGGUGACUUGGAUAGUGCCAAUCGAGUUUUAAGUAGCAUGGACGAACCGAAUGAUUUCUCUCUGUCGGCAUUGAUUUCUGGGUAUGCCAAUUGUGGUAAAAUGGAUGAGGCAAGAAGGGUUUUCAGCAGUAGCAAUAACCCAUGUGUCGUAUCAUGGAAUUCACUGAUUGCAGGCCACGUAGCUAAUAACGAGGAAAUGGAAGCUUUAGUUCUGUUUAACAAGAUGCGUGAAGAAGCCGUCCGUGAGGACGCCUCUACAGUAGCCAGUAUUUUAAGUGCAUGCAGCAGCUUAGGUGUUCUUGUACAGGGUAAGCUAAUGCAUGCCCAUGCUUCGAAGAGUGGUCUCCUUAACGAAAUUAUCGUCGCGAGUGCUCUUGUUGACGUGUAUUAUAAAUGCGGAAGCCUAAGGGAUGCUUGCGAUCUCUUUGAUGAGCUGGAAGUUCAUGACACGAUCUUACUUAAUUCUAUGAUCACAGUGUAUUCUAACUGUGGAAAGGUUGAUGAUGCAAAAGAAAUUUUCAAGUCUAUGUCAAAGAAAAGCUUGAUCUCGUGGAAUUCAAUGCUAGUAGGUCUCAGUCAGAACGGUUGUCCUGUUGAAGCUUUAGAUCUUUUCUGUGAGAUGAAUAGGCUUGGCUUGAUGAUGGAUAAGUUCAGCUUUGCGAGUGUUCUCAGUUCUUGUGCUGUUAUAUCUUCAUUUGAUCUCGGGGAACAAAUUUUUGGAAGAGCCAUUGUCAUUGGGCUCGAACAUGACCCUAUCAUUUCUACUUCCCUCGUCGAUUUCUUCUGCAAGUGUGGUCAUGUUGAGAAAGGGAGAAAAGUAUUUAAUGGAAUGGUGAAAAUGGACGAAGUCUCUUGGAAUACCAUGCUGAUGGGUUAUGCUACCAACGGCCAUGGGAUGAAAGCAUUGAGUCUGUUUGAGGAGCUGAGGCAUGCUGGUUUGAGACCCACAGAUAUUACUUUUACAGCAGUCCUGUCCGCAUGUGAUCAUUGUGGAUUGGUUGAAGAGGGGUGGAAAUGGUUAUAUGCAAUGAAAUUGGAUUAUGACAUCGAUCCGACGAUCGACCACUACUCCUGUGUUAUCGAUCUUUUUGCACGGGCGGGUUACCUGAAUGAGGCCAUAGAUCUGAUAGAGCAAAUGCCUUUUGAUGCCGAUACAACAAUGUGGUCGUCUGUGUUGAGAGGUUGUGUGGCUCAUGGGAAUAGAACUCUUGGGAAGAAAGUAGCGGAGCAAAUUAUCAAGCUUGAUCCAGAGAAUUCAGGUGCUUAUGUACAGUUAUCUGGCAUACUUGCUGACAUUGGGGAUUGGGAAAGAUCAGCAGAAGUUAGGUAUAUGAUGAAGGAAAAGCAAGUAGGGAAAGAUCCUGGUUGUAGUUGGGCUGACUGCUGAACGCUAAAUAUGAUUGCCGGAAGGUAGUGAAGAGGGCAACUGUUAUAUAUGAAGUUCAUCUCUUCAAACAUUAUGUCUCAGAAAUGAAAGUAUACAUGUCAAGAUUGGUAAACAUAUUGGACAGUUGGUAAUGCCUUUUCUGCCCUCGUUUUUCAAGAUCACUCUGAUGGUUAAGAAAUGUCUAUUAGAGGCAGAUUUUAGACAGUUAUAGAUCUCUCUCUUUCUGCUGUUUUUUUCAAGUACAUGAGUGCGUGGUACCUCAAGACUCGAGUGUUUGUUGCAUAAACGUCCAUUUAACUACUAUUAUCAAGUUUAGGAAUUUUUAAGAAACGGCUGGAUGAGAUGCCAGAUUAAGUAUGCAUAGUGCUGUUCCACCGUGUUACUCUUCCUAACAGAAAUUUUGUCCGCUCCUGAAUGGUCUGAUGUUGUGGGUUCUUAUAGGUUUUGGUGAGCUGGUAUACGAAGUCUCUCUAACAAGGAUGUCACCAAUAUCUCAGCUUGCACACUCGUGCUUCAUUUACUUGUAUUGCAAAUUAGUCAAUACUCUAUGAUGCGAUCAAUUGCGAGUUCUUUUCUCUUAGUUCAGGUUCCAGAGGCUAAGGCUCUGGUCACGAGCAUAAGUGUAGCAAGCGGCUGAUCAGUUGAACCGUCACAUGUCAAGCUAGCUGGACCAUCUAAUAAGUAGUGCAGGUAAAUAAUAUUUUCAUCUACAAACUUUCAGCACCUGACUGUUAUUUUGAUGGUAGGACUGGAACUGAUGACUUGUCUCUAUCAGCAUUUAUUUCUGCAAGAUGAGCAGGCUUGUCCUGAUGAUCAGUUUAAGCUUUGCUAGCGUCAAAUUGGGGGAUGACAUUUGAUCCAAGGAAUAGGGUCAAUCACUUCUCUUGGAUGAUCGAUCUUUUUGCCUGCGCUGGUUACUAAUACCAUGCCACAGAUCCGAUAGAGCAAAUAAACGCCUUUCGAUGCAGAUAUAUCAAUGUGGUCCUCGGCUUUGGGAGGUUUAUGUGGCUCAUGGGAAUGAAACUCUUGGGAAGAAGGUUGCCGAUAAAUUGAUGGAGCUCAAUCCUGAGACUGAUAGAUGAUUAUGUAGAAUUUAUCCAGCGCUGGCGGACUUUGGUGAGGGAAAGAUCGGCAGAGGGUUGUAAAGUAUCACAUAGAGAGCGGGAGAGAAUUUCUCUACACGCAAAUGGUAAACCCAUUUAUCAUGUAUCGUAUAUCUCUGUCGCCAUGUAAUAUAGUUGUGAAGAAGGGAGGCCCUAACUCUACAGUCUCAUUUUUGCUAAAAUUAUAAAUACCAAUUUGACACA